AUGGCUGUGGGGCGCCAGGCGGUGGGCUCUGUGCACAGUGGCCUCCAGGCAGGAGAAGCAAAGCACGAUGAUCGCGUUAGCUUCCCCCAGAGAAGGAAGAAGGGCCGGGGUCCUUUCCGGUGGAAAUGCGAGGGGAGCCGCAGGUCUGGAAGAGGGGGUGCCGGCGUGCGGACGCCCCGCCUUGAGGACGAUGACAGAGAUGUGGCGAUGAGCGAUGCCCAAGAUGUUCCCCGAGUACGAUACACCCCCUAUGCUGCGCGACCCAACCGGCGGGUUGAUAAUUGGCAUGAUCGAGACCGCAUCCACGUUACUGUGCGGAGAGACAGAGUUCCUCCACAGAGAGGAGGGGCUGGCAACAGCCAGGAUGGGACCUCGAAGAACUGGUUUAAGAUUACAAUUCCUUAUGGCAGGAAAUAUGACAAGGCAUGGCUCCUAAGUAUGAUUCAGAGCAAAUGCAGUGUCCCUUUCACCCCCAUUGAGUUUCACUAUGAAAACAACCGGGCCCAGUUUUUUGUUGAGGACGCCAGUACUGCCUCUGCAUUGAAGGCUAUCAACUACAAGAUUUUGGAUCAGGAUAACAGAAGGAUAUCCAUCAUCAUCAACUCCUCUCCUCCGCCCCUUACUGUGCAGAAUGAGCUGAAGCCAGAGCAAGUAGAGCAGCUAAAGCUGAUCAUGAGCAAACGAUACGAUGGCUCCCAACAAGCGCUUGACCUCAAGGGCCUCCGUUUAGACCCAGAUUUGGUGGCCCAGAACAUUGAUGUUGUCCUGAAUCGUAAAAGCUGUAUGGUGGCUACCCUGCGAAUCAUUGGGGAGAAUAUCCCUGAGCUGUUGUCCUUGAACUUGAGCAGUAACAAGCUAUACAGGCUGGAUGACAUGUCCAGCAUUGUGCAGAAAGCGCCCAACCUAAAGAUCCUAAACCUCUCUGGGAAUGAGUUGAAAUCUGAGCGGGAAUUGGACAAGAUAAAAGGGCUGAAGCUGGAAGAGCUGUGGCUCGAAGGAAACACACUGUGUGACACCUUCCGAGACCAGUCGACCUACAUCAGGUCAGUUGUGGCCUCUGCCUCCCUCCUGGGGACCGUCACCCCUGGGAGCCGAGUUAGCGCACGCAGCGGAGCCCCUGGGCUCCCACCCCAUUCCCUCCUCCCGGGGCUGCACAGCGCCAUUCGCGAACGAUUUCCUAAAUUACUACGUUUGGACGGCCAUGAGUUACCCCCGCCAAUUGCCUUUGACGUUGAAGCCCCCACGAUGUUGCCACCCUGCAAGGGGAGCUAUUUUGGAACGGAGACCCUGAAGACUCUGGUCCUGCACUUCUUGCAGCAGUACUAUGCCAUUUAUGACUCUGGAAACCGGCAGCGGCUCUUGGACGCCUACCAUGAUGGAGCCUGCUGCUCCCUAAGCAUCCCUUUCACCCCCCAGAACCCUGCCCGGAAUGUGAAGAAGCUGAAAGACCCGACCCUGCGGUUCCGGCUGCUGAAGCACACACGGCUCAACGUGGUGGCCUUCCUCAACGAGUUGCCCAAGACUCAGCACGACAUCAAUUCCUUUGUGGUCGACAUCAGUGCCCAAACGAACACGUUGCUGUGUUUUUCUGUCAAUGGCGUCUUCAAGGAAGUGGAUGGAAAGUCCCGGGAUUCUCUGCGAGCCUUUACACGGACGUUCGUCGCUGUUCCAGCCAGCAAUUCAGGGCUGUGCAUUGUAAAUGACGAGUUGUUUGUGCGGAAUGCCAGCCCUGAUGAGAUCCAGAGAGCUUUCGCCAUGCCCGCGCCCACGCCCUCCUCCAGCCCGGUGCCCACCCUGUCCCCAGAGCAGCAGGAAAUGCUGCAGGCGUUCUCUACGCAGUCUGGCAUGAACCUCGAGUGGUCCCAGAAGUGCCUGCAGGACAACAACUGGGACUACACCAGAUCUGCCCAAGCCUUCACUCAUCUCAAGGCCAAGGGUGAAAUCCCGGAAGUGGCGUUCAUGAAGUGACCCUGGCCGCCGGGCCCCUGUAAAUAGCCCUGGAUAGCGAUGUCUCCCUGCCGUGGCGGUCGGCUCUCCUCCGGCCUGGCCAGGCGGGACUGGGACUGGGACUGUGACGGAGGAGGGAGGCCGCGCACCUCCCAUCGCCUGCCUUCCCGCAGCUCCUGGACCAUUCCAGAAAGUGGAGUCCCACUGGGGCCAGGAAGCCAAGCGCCGUGUAGAACUGACACUAACGACCCGAAGGACUGAGGUGCUUUGUGCCCUUCACCCCCGGAUCCCGCCUCCCCGACUUUUUAAGAUAAAGAGUGAGAUUGUAUUUUG